AUGGCGUUUGAUGUCGCCCACACCCUCCGCAGCGGCCGCAGGGUCUUGGUCCUGAACACGAACAAAUCUGGCCCUCUGCGGUUCAGGAAAGGGUUGAAACCUGUGUAUGAUGUAUCAUGGAAGAUCCCUGCAUGCGUGAAAGUUGCUCUGGAACACUACAACCGAUUGAAUGAGAUGAUCCCAAAACAGCACCUUUUCGUGGUGGAUGUGGAAUUUGCCCAAGUCGAAUCUUCCAUCCUGCUGCUGGAGGACACUUAG